AUGACGGAUGGUGGCUUCAACUCCCCGAAGGAGGAGGACGAAGAGGAGCCGCAGUUUUUCGACGCCAGCGACGACAUCUUAUCCGCCUCCGAGUCGUCUCCAAGUAGCCCGUCGCCACGCCAGCGGGUAAUCCCGACUCUGGAUUUCCUCCACUGCGUCUGUAGGGACCUCCAAUCCGGCUUCCUCGCCGGAAGCCUGGAGAGCGUGGAGGACCGGCGGCAGAGAUUCCUGGCGUGGAUGCGAUCGAAUUCCAUGUUUAGCCCCGGCCCUUGCUCCUCCGCUGAUCAAGGGAUCCCAGCGCAGGAGGAGGAAGCCGCGGAGGACGGCGAGAGAAUCGCAGCCGGAAUCUCCGAGCUCGACGGCGGCGCCGCCACCGCCGUGCCCGGCCUCUGCAGGAUUACGAAUCUGGACGACGGCAGAGUCUUCGUGGUGGAUCGGCUGGGGCAAGACGGCGCUGUGAGCGGGCUCCGCGAGGUGAGUUCGGACAGGGUGCUCACCGCCGACGAGUUCCACAGGGAGCUCGGCCCUUCCUCGUUCGUCCGGCGGUUCAUGCGGAGAGAGGAUAACAUGUCGACCAGCUCCACCGCCUCCACGAAGCGGAGGAGAACCAGGUGGCUGAGGAGGCUGGGCAUCGCCGCCUGCAUCAUGGACAGAGGAGAUGAAGAGCCGAGCGUGUCGUCGUCUUCCUUCGAGGCCGAUGCGUCUCCCAAAGACAGAGUCCGCAGAUUGAAGGUCCGAGCAUACAGGAAGAUCUCCAAGGAGUUCUCCGGCGUCUAUACCGGGCAAGAGAUCAUAGCCCACAAGGGAGCUAUCCUGGCCAUGAAAUUCAGCCCCGACGGGCGCUACCUGGCCACCGGUGGCGAGGACAGGGUGGUCCGAGUGUGGGCUGUGGCCGCUCAGGAGAGGACCCAGGAGGACGAUCUUCCAAAGGACGACCCCUCCUCCAUAUAUUUCUCUGUGAAUCAGAACUCCGAGCUGACUCCCAUCGGCACCAGCAAGGAGGAGGAGCUCGGACCAGUGAAGGGCUUGAGGAGAACGACGGAUUCUGCCUGCAUCGUCAUCCCCACGGAGGUCUGUAGGAUUUCAGAGGAGCCCUUGCACGAGUUCGUAGGCCACUCUGGAGACAUCCUCGAUCUUUCCUGGUCGAAGAACAAUGUUAGUAUUUUCCCGAAACUAGUUUCGUGUUCUGCAUCUCCAUGCUAAAAAAUUUCUCCCUGACUUCUUCCAUGUUUUCUUUUUUCUGUUCUUGCAGUAUCUUCUCUCAUCUUCCACGGACAACACUGUUCAGCUGUGGAAGGUUGGGAGUGAUUCCUUCGGGAAGGUCUUCUCUCAUGGCAACUAUGGUGAGUGCCCGGAUACCCUCUGAAAUCCCGCAUGUGCUUUCUCGCUCUAUGAUUCUCAUCCCCUCUCUCCACCCCUUCGGAUGCAGUCACCUGCGUCCAGUUUAAUCCCAACGACGAGGGCUACUUCAUCAGCGGCUCCAUUGAUGGCAAAGUUCGGAUUUGGGAAAUAUCCAGCGGGCAUGUUGUGAAAUGGAUCGAUGUGAGGGAGAUUGUCACUGCGGUGUGCUUCGAUCCCAAUGGGAAGGUGGGUUCAUCUCGGAAGACUUGGGCGCGCUCGGUGAGUCAGUGGGUUGACUUUUUGGGGAUCGAUGAGAGUUCUUUGCUUUGACUCUUGCAGGGAAUCGUCGUGGGAACGAUCUCAGGGCGUUGCCUGUUCUAUGAUUCAUCAGGUAUCCUAUGAUUCCUCUCUUGCUGCCUCGAUGAACAUGUUUGCGGAGAACAAUUCUGAUUCCAUCUUCAAUCACCCACCCGACAAAACCCAUAAGCCAAGUGAGACAUAAACGCAGAACAUUGCGAGGAAAUUUUGAAGAAAAUCCUAUGAUUUUUCAGUCUUAAUGUUAAUGACACCUCUCAGGGUUGACCCCUGAAGGAUGAUCGAAAAUCUUGAGACCUUCGCCAUCCUCUGCCAUGGAAGCAAAAGUUUCACUUGAUUAUCGUCGAUGUCCGUUGACCAACAUCAGAUGAGCUCCUUCUUACUGAUUUCUUCCUGAUGGGCCAGAUCGCCGCCUACAGCUGGUCUCCGUGGUGCUCCUGCAGGGCAAGAAGAAGUCGGCCUGCAGCAGGAUCACAGGCUUCCAGGUAGCCGUUUUGCAGAGCUCAAUUUUUUCCUCUCACUGAACCCCGCUGCUGAUCCUGGUGUAAACCCUUCUCUCUCCUCCGAUCUCCAGUUCUGCCCGAGCGAUUCUCGGAAGCUGCUGGUCACCUCUGCAGACUCCCAGGUCCGGAUCCUCGAAGAAUUCAGCGUCGUGUGCAAGUUCAAGGGCGAGUUCUUCUCCCAAUUCCUCCACUUCUCGUCGAUUCAGAUGGAGGGGAAGUGUCUGUUUUUGCUGAGCAAGCGCUCUCGUUCUGUGCAGGUCUCCGGAAUUCCGGGAGCCAGAUUUCGGCUUCGUUCACCGCCGACGGGAGGUACGUCGUCUCCGGCAGCGAAGACUCGAACGUCUACGUCUGGAACUGCGGGGAGGAAGAAGAUCGCCGGCCGACUCGGGCUCGGAGCGCCUCCUGCUACGAGCGGUUCCCGUCGACGAGCGCGUCGGUGGCCGUUCCAUGGCCGGGGGAGGAGGUGAGCCGGCUGGCGGCGGCGAAAUCGCGGAACCUCGCGCGGCAGAUGGAGAUCCUGAGGAACCUCGCCGCCGUCGCCGGCGGCCGGAGCGGGCUGUACCUGUCCGCCUCCGGCGGGUUAACGUUGGCCCAGAGCUUCUUCUCCGAAUUUCUCCUGCCGAAGGGUUCGGCGACAUGGCCGGAGGAGAAGCUCCUUCUCCCGUCGAGGUCGCCGGCGGGGGCCGUCCCCGCUCUCCGGCGAUCUCAGUGCAAGCUUCUGCGGGCGUGUUUUCAGAGCCUCGCGCCGCCGCCGCACGCCUGGGGACGGGUGAUCGUCACCGGAGGGUGGGAUGGCCGGAUCAGGUCCUUCCACAACUACGGGCUCCCAGUUCCGGCGAGCUGA